AUGGAAAAAACAAUAACCAUUAUAUUUUUUGCACUUUUAGCCAUUGAAUUCUUCAGACCUUAGAAAUCAGAGGAAUAAUGGGUAGAAGAUAAAGAAUAAAUUCUAAGUCGUCCUUCCUAAAGACACAUAGAAAAUGGAAAAGUUGAAGUUCUUGUUUAAUAUUGCACAAGUUGAUCUUAUAAAGGAGCUUUUUAAUAAAUUCAAUAAGCAAUAUAUAAUUAGUUUGAUGAAA